UACCUCUUCGUUCAGUCAAACGCGCGCACGCACGCCUAUAUUGUACCAGUCGGUUGCCGAUUAUGUCGCUCGUCGUUAUUCGUUGCUAAAUAUCUACUGGAAGAAAAAGAUCAAGGAAAACGUGACAUAAAUUAACUAUAGAAAAAUAAACCCUUGUGAAAUUAAUUAAAAUAUUAAUUUUUAAGGACGCAAGAAAAAGAGUUUUUGAAGGAAUUUCUGAAGAAGAAAUUAUAAAGAGAAAGAAGUGAAAAGGACUGUAAAAAAUCAACUUAGUUUUAAUAUUAAAAAAUAAUAUCUGUGCUGAUUGAGUGAAUAUUAAGUUUUGACUGAUACAUUAAUUGCAUCAAUAUUUUUGGAAGAAGAAAAAACAAAACCAUGUGGUGCAAAUUACGUUCCGUUCAAUCGAAUAUACAAAUGCAUGUGGUCAUCUUCUUAAUGAUAUGCUAUUUCCUAUGUCCUCUAUGUUCGAGCGAAGAGCCAAAAGUGGACGAUGUCACAUUAUCUUCGAUAAACAAAAGUGCAAUCGCAAUAGGCGAACAGCGGCUUGGAGAUCAAAUUCGUGCAUUCUUAAAGCAUUAUCAACAAGACGAUCCUGUUGGACUUCCGGGAGCACCGAUACCCGAUCCGAUGCCAGUACCAGAUAUGAAGCAUUCCUUUUCCAUAUAUACAAUGAAUUUCAGACAAAUAAACGUUUACGGAUUGUCCAAGUUCCGUAUCGAACAUGUAGAAUCAGAACUGGCUCGCAUGCAGGUGUCCGUCGCAGUAAGCAUCGAUAAGCUCGAUAUUCGCGGAUUAUACACGCUAGCAUCCUGGCUCUCCAGAUCUGCAGGUGAUUUUACGGUGGAACUCACUGGCGUGAACGUUCAGGGUAUUGCCAGGCUAGAAGUUGGCCCUGGCGGCAAAUUACAGGCCCAGGACAUCGAUAUGGAUCUAACGUUUGAGAAAAUUGAUUUAGACUUUAAGAAUUUAGGAUUCCUCGGUUCGGUUUUCCAAGGUGUUAUCAAUUCCGUCGGUGCCUUCAUUUUUGACAGCAUUAAACCCUUUAUAUUGAAGGAAGUGAAUGGAAACGUGAAAGGUGAAGUAAACAAGCAAAUAUCCCAAUUACCGCAAUAUUUCCCUAAUUCGAUUUCACCAUUCGACAUGGCGAUCGCGGAAACUCGCAAACAAGUUUCUCAAAUGGGCUAUGAUCCGUAUAGACUGAAGGAUUACAGUCAAAGUGUCGGCAUAUUUACCGUCACAUCGUCACACACCUGGAUCACUGGACUAGCUAGUUUUUACCGCAUGGGAAACAUAACUAUUACCAUGGAGAAGGGAACUAUGUACGCGCUUUUGGAUAUCGGUACCCAGAGGCUGGAAGGUAAGACGCACUGGGAGGUGAGCGUGAUCGGUGGCGUUCUGUCACGCGCCGGCACUGUGUCCUUCACCGUAGAAUACUUCCGAGUGCAGUUAAAGCUAGGCCAACCGUUGGACACGCGAAAACGCGCUGCGCUAGAGGACCUUGAACUCGAACUGGGCAACAUUCAGUCGAGAAUCCAUGGCGCCGGCACCCUUGAUUAUCUUAUGGAAGCGAUGAUUAAUAUACUGCCGAACCUUUUAAGAUAUCAAAUCAUGGACGCGAUUGAGGGACCAUUAAAAAGACGUAUACAAGAGGAAUUGAACAAGAUAGAUGUUGAGAGAUUGAUCGACGAAAGGAUUCCGGAGAUAGAAAAGCAAGCUAGAUGGAUGCAGAACUUUAUGCCCGCAGAGAAGAUCGUUCUGGAGGAACCGAUGCCGCCACAGGAUCAAGAUCAGAGCCCGUUCUCUGAGAGCGAGGAAGAUCGAGGACCAUCAUAAAAAAACAACUAACAAUUAAGUAGUGAAAUAUGGGACAAAAUAUAUAAUUUUUAUAUAUACAUAUAUAUAUAGUAUGUUUCCAUGUGUGUAUAUAGAAUAUCCCAUGAUAAACUGCACAUGUUAACAACCGCGCACCGCAAACUCACAUCGAACUCUUUGAUUUAGGUGAAAUUUUAUAGAUGUAUAAUAAAAUAAAAUUAAUUUCAAUUGUAACUCCAUUCUUAGCUUUGAGCACCUGCAAUUAUCAUGUGUUUAUAGGAAGGUUUUCUGCUUGAAUUGAUCCCAACUACUGUUAGUAUGUACAAUGAGAUAUCCUAUAUAUGUUCCACGAAUGUAUUCUAUAAUGUAUAUAUAUAUAUAUGUAUUUAUUCUCUUGUAUGUGUAAAUAUAUAUAUGUACAUGCAUUGUGAACCUUUAAAUUGUUUGUUUCCUGUGUUAUGUAAUGAACCCUGUGUUACGAAUUACGAAUAGAAUGCCGUCGUAAAUAUAGAUCGCCGUUAAAUUGAACUUUACAGCAUACAAAUAGAUAAAAAAAGAUAAUGACAUGUCCAUGAUCUUGUGACGUAUUUUUCAAGUUUAGCAAGCUUUUACGAAUAUACACGAUUUGUGUCAACUAUAGAGUUCGAUCAUUUAAAUCAGAAUAAAUUGAUAAAAUUUUUA